UGUCCCUGGAUUUCAGUCAGUCAGAAUCCUGGCCUCCUAUCCCACCCAGAAAUAGAACCAGAGCCCCUGAAGAGCAACACAUCAGGUUUGCUUUUCAGGAAAAAAAAACUUUAGUAAAGUUAUGGAGGACAGAUUGCAGAAGAGGUAGGAGAAUCCAUUGUGGGGCUUUGGCAAUAGUUCAGGUGAGAGAUGAUGAGCUGAAUUAGUGCAGUGGCAUUUGAAAGGGGUGGUUUUGAUGUUUAGGAGGGAAAUUUUACUAAAUGUGAAUCUGGAUGUUGGGUGUGAGGGAGAAGAAACAUAAAUGAAUUCCCAAUCAUUUGGCUUCAGCAUGUAAGUGCAAGAAGGAGCUAUUCACUCGAAAAGGACAUGCAAUUAGAAGAACUCAAUUUUUUGUGUGGGCUGUGGGGAAUAAUUAAUUCAAGUUUUUUAUUUUUUAAAUAAAUGUAUUUAUUUAUUUUUGUCUGCGUUGGGCUGCGUGCGGGCUUUCUCUAGUUGUGGUGAGCGGGGGCUACUCUUCAUUGUGUGUGCGGGCUUUUGAUGUCUUCCGUUGCGGAGCACGGGCUCUAGGUCUUUGGGCUUCAGUAGUUGUGGCUUGCAGGCUCUAGAGCGCAGGCUCAGUAGUUGUGGCGCACGGGCUUAGUUUCUCUGCGGCAUGUGGGAUCUUCCCGGACCAGGGCUUGAACCUGUGUCCCCUCCAUUGGCAGGCAGAUUCUUAACCACUGCACCACCAGGGAAGUUCCUACUCCAGUUUUUAAAAUGCUUUGCUUCGGGUGCUGGUGGAACAUCCAACUGGAAUUCUUCAAGAGGAAGUUGUGUCACAAAAACCUGCGUUUCGGGGAUUCCCUGGUGGCGCAGUGGUUAAGAAUCUGCCUGUCAAUGCAGGGGACACGAGUUUGAGCCCUGCUCCAGGAAGAUCCCACAUGCCAUGGAGCAACUAAGCCCGUGCACCGCAACUACUGAGCCUGCGCUCUAGAGCCCACAAGGCUCAACUACUGAGCCCAUGAGCCACAACUACUGAAGCCUGUGCACCUAGAGCCCGCGCUCCGCAAGGAGAGAAGCCACUGCGGUGAGAAGCCGGCACACCGCAUGGAAGAGUAGGCCCCGCUCUUGGAAACACCCCACGCAGCCAAAAAACAACAACAAAAAAUCUGCUUCCGUGCCUGGAUUUUCCCCACCGUGAGAUGUGCGAACGUCCUGCUAUCCAGAGCUUCCGAGCAGCUUGCAAAGCCUGCUAGUAAUGAAGAGUGAGGUCUGUCCCCGUCUUUGCUUGCUUCCUGCGUCCAGUUAGCAGCAAUUGAAUGGUCAGCUGUAAACCAAGAUUGUGCAGUUUUUGUCGUGGCCUACGGUGUAGAAGAGAAUGAGGAAGAAAAUAAUUUGAAGAUUUGCAGAGAGAAGGGAUUGGAUUUCACCCUGUCGUGGAGUCAGUCCAUUGGGAUAAACCAAGUCACUAAUACCAGGCAGCGGAAGUGACCGAAUUUUAUAUUUUGUGUCAGACACAACCUCAAAACAAAGAGGAACCUCUCCAAGGACCUGGCCAGAUGCAAGCCUGAUACACUUUUUAAGCAGGAAAGUGCUUCCAAAGGAAGAGAUGGUAAAAGCACACGGAAUGAAUCUUCGUCUGAGCGAACAGCCUCCAACUAAUUAAAAGCCGCUUGUCUCCUCCUGGGCCCUUUAGUUUCUGGUUUCUGCCUGAAGACUCUGUUUAGGUGUGAAUAAAAAGACAAAAGUGGCUUGAAGGGUCACCUGGAUAACUUGAUUUGAGCCUUCACGGACUGACUAUGUCUCCAGGGAGAGGCAUGAAGAACACAGGCCCCCUCCUGCUUCCCUGCUAAUGGAAUCAGCUGCACCAUCUGGAUGGAACACAAGGCAUCCAUGUCUGCAAGGAAAGAGAGAAUUAGUCUCACAGCCUUGCUUAACUGCUGGAGAGCUGGGAUUGUUGAUCCAUCUUACCUUCCUUCCCCAGAGACAACCGUCUCAAGAAUCUGGCCAUCGCGGAGUCACGGGGCCAGGUCACGCCUGCCCACAGCUGCCGGCCUUCGCAUCCCCGGGCACCGAGGUCUGAAAGUCGAGCCGGCUGGACCAGCCGAGCCCCUGGAGGACAUGGCUGGGCCGCGGCAGAUGAAAACUUCCUUCCUCUCCGGGCAGCGGCGGCCCAGCCCGGCGCGCGCCCGCCCCGCCCUGGCUCCCGCCCGGACUGCGGCCGCAGGGGGCCCGGAGGAGGGACGCUCUCCCCCGGGCCCCGGGCCCCGCUUCUCGGCAGGCCGGGCCCUCGGGCUCCCGCGGGGCCCGGCUGCCCCUCCCCCGCAGAGGCGGGGCCGUGGGACCGAGGCACCAGCUGCUCUCAGUUGCUCUGCUCCCGACGAGGGGAAAGAGGGAGAGGAGAAAACCCGGGACGUGGACGCAAGGAGGGGGCGCGCUCGCAGAUCCCCCGCCUCCGGGACCCGUGGACGGCGGCAGCCCCGGCCAUGCAGACGCCCUAGCCCGGCUCGCGGCAUGGGCGACGGUGGCCGCAGUCCGUCCGCGGGCUGGAAGCCCUGGCCGGGCGGUCCUGCCCCGCGGCACGUGUGGGGCACGGACCCGCAGGCUCAGGACGCCGUGGGAGGCUCCCUUCCCCAGGCCCAGGCUGCCGCCGCCGCGGGUGAAAGCCCCAGGUCCGGGGGAGGUGGCGAGGCGCCGGCCCCCUGCCCGGGGCGCCCGCGGAGCGCUGAGGGCUCGGGCACGUGCACGCGGCCCAGGAGCGCCAGGCUCGGCAGGCAUCGCGCGCUCCUCCAGACCAGCAGGAGCUGCCCGGCCCCGCCUGCCGCCCUGCCUCUCAAGGCAGAGACAUUUGUUUGGGUUAACAGUGCAUCAGCACAUUCCCAGAGUGUUGCCAAGGCCAAAUAUGAAUUUUUAUUUGGCAGAUCUGAAGAGAAAACUCCAGAUACUAGUGAUCAUGGAGGAAGCACUUUACUCCCCCCGAAUGUCACAAAUGAAUUUCCUGAAUAUGGGACCAUGGAGGAAAGUGGAGAAGGCCUAAGAGCCUCUCUCGAGUUUGAUGCCGAGUCUCUGCCGUGCUGCCCUCAGGAGCAGCAGAGGGUCCAGCCUCUUGCUGGCCAUCCCUCUGGGCUUCUCAGUGUUACCGGAGGACCAAAAGAUGUCAGAGAGGUCCCCACUCAGAGUCAUCUCAAGGAACAGAGUUUACAACCCAUUGACUCUUUGAUUUCAGCUCUGAAAGCCACAGAAGCCAGAAUAGUUUCAGGAACAUUGCAGGCUACAAAGGUACUGGAUGGAGAUGCGGUUUCUACUUUUUUAGUUCAGCAGGUGGAACAAGAGCCAGACACUACCAGUCAUAAAACACAGAGAGCCAACACACUGUUGUUCCCUGCUGGCCGAGAAAAGUCACCCGAUAUACCUCUUUCAGCUGAAGUUACGACUGAGGAAAGUUUUUAUUUGAGCAUCCAGGAGGACCUGACUGCACUAUUAACUGGAGAAACUCAAGCAGAGCUUUCCCUAAGAGCUAAUAAUGGGAGAAAGGGGGCUGUCCAUGUGCAGGAGCCAGCUUGUCCAGCAUCCUCCGUGGGGAGCCCCAUAACCCACAGCUCAGUGGGCAGUGCUGGUUUAUUGAGAGAGAGGAGAUCUGAUCAGGGGAGAGAGCACCCAGAGCAGUGUGGUCAAGGCAGCUCCUCAGGACGCCCAGGCCAGGUCAAACAUGUGGAAUUUCAAGGGGUGGAAAUAUUGUGGACAGGAGGGGAGAAAAGAGAGACAUGGCAACCUGUGGAUUUUCAGACAUCGUUGGAAAGGACAACCCCUCCUGAAAGCAAAGAGUUUUCUAAAGUGCCAGGCCAUCUCGUCUCAUCUGCUGGUUUGUGUGAUUCAGCUGGUUUAACUGAGAGUGUUUGGGAUGACGCCCGGAGAGCUCCUUCAGAGAGGCUGGCCACUGGCUCAGGGCCAUUUCUGCCUGAUCGUCUUCUUGAGAGUGGAGAGGAUGAAGUCUUCCUAAGGGAAAACAAGGAACAUCUUGAGACAAAACCUGAAUUGGAGAGAGACAGGGAAAGGAUUCUAGAGCAAGAGGAGCACUUUCGGGCCAGAGAUGAUGAUAUCCUUGGGUCCGGUUGUGCAGAGGACUCCACUGAUGUGUACAGCUCCCAGUUUGAAACCAUUUUGGACAACACUUCUUUAUACUACAGUGCUGAGUCUUUGGAGACUUUAUGUUCAGAGCCUGAUAGCUAUUUUAGCUUUGAAGUGCCCCUCACUCCAAUGAUACAACAGCGCAUUAAAGAAGGCGGUCAGUUCCUGGAGAGGACAUCAAUGGGAGGACAGCAGGACGUCCUGAGCAUCUCCGCAGAUGGUGGAAUAGUGAUGGGCUAUUCUGGUGGGAUCACCAAUGGGCUGAGUGGCUCCAGUAACUCCACCUACGCAAAAGGCACCCCAGAGAUUGCUUUCUGGGGAAGCAAUGCUGGGGUGAAAACAACACUGCUAGAGGCUCAUUCUGAAAUGGGGAGUACUGAAAUUCUGGAAAAGGAAACCUCAGGAAGUCUCAGUAAUGGUACCAGCAGCAACGUAGAAGCAGCCAAAAGGUUGGCCAAACGUCUUUAUCAACUAGACAGAUUCAAAAGAUCGGAUGUGGCAAAGCACCUAGGCAAGAACAAUGAAUUUAGCAAACUAGUUGCGGAAGAAUAUUUGAAGUUUUUUGAUUUUACAGGAAUGACACUGGAUCAGUCUCUCAGGUAUUUCUUUAAAGCAUUUUCUCUUGUGGGAGAAACCCAAGAACGAGAGAGAGUUUUAGUACACUUCUCCAAUAGAUAUUUUUAUUGUAACCCAGAUACCAUUGCUUCACAAGAUGGAGUCCAUUGCCUCACCUGUGCAAUGAUGCUUCUUAACACAGAUCUCCAUGGCCAUAAUAUUGGAAAGAAGAUGACCUGCCAAGAGUUCAUUGCAAACCUCCAAGGGGUAGAUGAGGGUGGUGAUUUCUCCAAGGAUCUACUGAAAGCUCUGUACAACUCAAUCAAGAAUGAGAAGCUUGAAUGGGCAGUAGAUGAUGAAGAGAAAAAAAAGUCUCCAUCAGAAGGUACUGAUGAGAAGGCUAAUGGAACACAUCCAAAGACCAUCAGCCGUAUUGGGAGUACUACCAACCCAUUCUUGGACAUUCCUCAUGACCCAAAUGCUGCUGUGUACAAAAGUGGAUUCUUGGCUCGGAAAAUCCAUGCAGAUAUGGAUGGAAAGAAGACUCCAAGAGGAAAGCGAGGAUGGAAGACCUUUUAUGCUGUACUAAAGGGAACAGUUCUUUACUUGCAAAAGGACGAAUAUAAGCCAGAGAAGGCCCUGUCGGAAGAGGACCUGAAAAACGCUGUGAGUGUGCACCACGCGCUGGCGUCCCGGGCCACGGACUACGAGAAGAAGCCCAAUGUGCUCAAACUGAAAACUGCUGAUUGGAGGGUCUUGCUUUUUCAAGCCCAGAGUCCAGAGGAAAUGCAAGGGUGGAUAAACAAAAUUAAUUGUGUUGCAGCUGUAUUUUCUGCACCACCAUUUCCAGCAGCCAUCGGAUCCCAGAAGAAGUUUAGUCGUCCACUUCUGCCUGCCACCACUACAAAAUUGUCUCAGGAGGAACAGCUGAAAUCUCACGAAAGCAAGCUGAGGCAGAUCACCACAGAGCUAGCCGAGCACCGCUCCUACCCACCUGACAAGAAGGUUAAAGCCAAGGAGGUGGAUGAGUACAAACUCAAAGAUCACUAUCUGGAGUUUGAGAAAACCCGCUAUGAGAUGUAUGUCCGCCUUCUGAAAGAGGGGGGCCUGGAGCUGCUGAGUAGCAGCGGUGGAGGGGGCGCCGCGGGCCUGAAGAAGUCGCACUCCAGCCCCUCGCUGAACCCAGAUGCGUCUCCGGUCACCGCCAAGGUCAAGAGAAACGUGUCAGAGAGGAAAGACCACCGACCUGAAACUCCAAGCAUUAAGCAAAAAGUCACUUAAGAAUCCAUCUGCGGCCAGGAAGUGCUGGUCGUGGAGCAAAAUAGAAUUUUUCAAGAUCUUUCUGGUGAAUCCGUGAAUAUAUUUUAAAAAAAGUCUGUGACUAAAUGGUGCAUUAGUAACCUUUCCUAUUGUAUUUUUUUGUUAGUUUCUGUACAGAUUGUCUCUUUGCUCUUGAUUUCUUUGCUUUGAUUAUUUCUGCUACCUGAUAACUAAUGCACCUUUUGUGAGGGGAGGGGAUCAUGAUUUCAGAACGAUUAUGUAUCGCUUCUCCCUCCGGGUUCUCUCAUUUGCACUCUGCUCAGUUGUUUUGUGUGUUCUCACAUCAGCUGUUACACUUUUUUUAAAGGUUAAAGAUUUAAUCCAUUGUGAAACACUUAACUGGACAAACUUUGUAGUUUAGAAAAUUCUAGCCAGAGUUAAUAGAAGCCUUUUCAUGUGAAAUCGUGCCCAGUCACAGAGGUGGAAUCCAGCGCUCGCGCUCGCAGAAGUUCAGUUAAGAGUUACAGUCACGGGAGGUGCCACUCCCCUGUGAGGCCUCACGCAUCUGAGCGCUUAGUGUUGAGUCCGGCCCUGCUGGUGGGGGUAGAGGGGGGCAAGGACCUCAGGACUGGGGAAUUUAAGAAGCACAUUAGCUCGCUUGAAGUGUAGAUUCCAUUUCAGCCAAGCAAGGAAGGAGGAAGUGGCGUCUUUUGAAGGCUGAGGCAAGGUGGCCCCAAGUUCAUUUUGUUUUCUAAAGGAUAGUGGCAACAAUGGACUCUUGGGGGCUGCAGCAGCGAGCUGUGUGUGUGAUCUGCAGGAAAUUGUUACCUCACUCCCACAGGGUCUAGACAAGGAAUCCAGAGCCAUCUGUGGUGGAUACCCUGCCAUCCGGGAAUUAGGUUCUUUUAUAUAUAUAGGCAUGGUGUUGUCUCCUGGUUGUAAGAAUUUGGGGUCUUCCUAACAAAAUAAUAUCAAAAUGGAGCCCCUUUCAUUCUUUCCUUAAUAAAGCAAAAUAAGGAAGGAAAAAGUUGUUUUUCCCUAUAGUUGUUUGGCAAUAGAAUGUUGAUUCUUUACAAUAAAUCUGAAAGGAAUAAAAUCUGAAGGAAUUAUGGCUGGAAAACUGAGGAAUCUCCUGGUGACAAACACAGAGUCCCUUAGUCUGUUCUUGUCUCUGUCUCUGUGAAGCUGCUUCACCCCGCUGCACUGAACUGUCCCCUAAAAUAAAUCCUUGCUUCUAAAUCAUUUCUUUGUAUCUGCUCAGAGCAGUCAUAAGCUUAUUCCAGGGACAGUCCCUUUGAAAUUCAGGGUGAUAAACAGAACAUUCUCUUACUGAGGAAGAGAAAGGAGUGAAAAUUGAGCCCACUGUGAGUUAGAACUUUCUUAUUUUGGAACCUGACAACUUUGUGAUCCUUAAACCUAGAAUCUCCACAAGUUCAGAGCGAAUGGAAUCACUUCGAAUGUUCUUUUCUCUCCCACAGAGAUUUGCUCUUUUCUACUCGGUUUACUAGUUAAGGUGCUGUGUGACCAGAGGCUCAGGGACUCUGUGUGGGUAGCGUGGCUCCGGGGAAUUAGAGAAAACCUGCUCCUGAACCAUGGUACUUUCUAGUAGUAUUUUGUUCUGAUGCACCAGCAUUUAUACAGGACUAUUUAUUAACAUGCACUUCUUUCAGCUGUAGAAAUGCCCAUAUUUGCUGGUGCCCAGAAAAGAGAAACCCCUCCCUAAGGUUGUAGCUGCUUGCUUUGUGGUGUUUUUGCCACACAUUUGAAAAACUCCCUCUAACGCUCUAUCUUGUUUAUUAGGUAAAGGCAGUGACUAAAUUUGUUUCAAGACCUAGAAACAAACAGGGUAGUUACCAACAUGGCCCAUGUACCUGAUUCUUUCUUUGUAGCUUCUGACUGAAUCCAAGGUUUCUACAAGGGAAUAGUCUUUCUUCCUAGAAUCUGAAUCAUCAGUGUGUGUGCUUUCUGCCUAGAUCUUUAUCCUAAGCAGAGGGGAGGAGAGAGGUACCUAGACCAUAUCAUCUCUGAGCUUCAAUAACUAAAGAAAAAUCAACAUCCCUGACUGGCUUGAAGGUGUGUGCUCCCAGUAUGUGUGUGUCUGUGUAUGUUGAAUGUCUCCGUGUGUGUCACUUAGAGUCUGUACCAGACAUGGAAUGGUACCUUGCUGCAGUGUUUAGACACUCGAGCAGCUCUGAGAUGCCCAGUCAGCAUCAGCACCACGACGGUGGUGUGCCCACUGUGUGAUUCACUAAUGUUAUCUCCAAGAACUUCUGGAUAUGCUGUAGAGAGACAGAUGAGAAGGGCACUUUUGAAGCUGUGGUAUAUACUGUGUUCCCAUAGUUUAUCUUGGAAAACAACUGCAAAGGUUAUUUUGUGAGCCACGAGCGUUGUUAGGGGAUGGGCUGAGAACGCCUCCCCCUGAGGCCUCUGGACUGUCUGGCGCCAGUGCCCCUUGCAGGCCAAGAGCUUAUCCUGUAGGAGACAAGGCCCCUCCUGUGACAGGAUCCUGAGAGCCUUGCCCAUAGCCAACCAGGGUCUCCUUUGUGAUCAUUUCUUUCCCGUGGUGUCUAGUCAGGAGACAUGACCGAAGACCUUCCCCUUCACAGUUCCUCCACGCCUGCCACCCAGUUCACGGUACAGGGGAGCCCCCUCCUUCCCUUCUGAAGGUACUGCCCCCCAUCCCUCACCCAUCCCUCAGUACCGGGAGCCUUGCGAGCUCUCUCCACCUAAUAAGUUAUUAUUCCUCUUCGCAGAAAUACACCUCAUAUUAAUUUUUAGUAUAGAAAAUCUUGAGAGUCAUCAAAAUACCUCGGUGAUGGUCUUGUUGCCGAAUUGCCCAUAGAAGAAGCCGUGUGCGGAACCGAAGUGUCUCAGGGUGUGUUCCCCCACCUCACAUGUUGACAUUUACAGGGAGGGGUCAGGAAUUCCUUGUUAGCAAUCGAAACCUAAUUACUAGCAUGCAGGAGUCCUUAUUUUAUUGCCAGCCAUAGACAUUAUUUGAAGUAUGCUUUUUACAGACAUCAUUUGCUGACUCUUAGUAAUGCCUGAUUAAACCAAGCAACACUUGUGCACAUUUUAAUUGCCUCGUGUGGAGAGUCGUCUGGGGGACUGCAGUCCUGGACCGUGUGAACCUUUUCUGUUGCUCUUGCCUAAAGAGGAUGGAGAGCACCUGUGCAGGACCAUCUUUGCUUCUCCAGCUGUGAGAGUGUUUCCUGGUCAGAAGUGAUGUGAGGGAGUUAAUUCUGGGAGAGAAAAAUUGGCUGGCUCUCCAAGGCCAAUCUCGGGUUGGUCUCUUGUGUUCAUGUUUCACCUUGUGGCCAAAGCACAGAACCCCUGAGGCUGGAGAGGGGUUUACAUACCCAGCAGGGAAGGAGCCUCCUGCCAGCCCUGGCCUUUUGUCCUUCCAGCACAGAAAGAGCCGGGGAAGACAUUCUUAGGUAGGGCAGGGCUUGCUUUGGCCUCGAGCUGCAACUCUUCUCUGCCUUUAUCCCUAAUCAUAGACAACUGGAAGAAAAUUGACCUUAAAGAUUCUCCAUUGUCUUACUUUGAACCCUUUCUUGAGUUUAGUUAGUGGUCACUGGAAUUUGAUUCUUUGGCAUUUUUCCUUGUAGUCACCCGUUAAGCUUUUUUAAGGCCAAGUUCACGGGGCAUUCUCAGCCUUGUGGUCCAAAGCUCUGUAGUGUAGCUGUUGUGGACCUGGGCCAAGGGUUCAGCAGGUGGGGAGCCACCUUCCUUAGCUGCAACAAUGGACAACCUCCUGAUCCCUUCACUUUUCAAUUGUCAGAAUUUUUGCAAUUAUAAGAUUAGCGCUGUUAAACAGGAAUCAAAGUGGCACCCAGGACUUGUUCACAGUAGAGCCUGGUUAAUGACUAGUGUGACUUGGGCUUAACUAGCACCUGCUUUUCUCACGGAGCAUCUGAGUUACUCUGACAGAAGAUCAGCUUUCGUAAGGAGAUGAGCCUCUGGGCCUUCCUGGUUCCAAAGCUUUCUGGCUGUCUCUUCUCCCAGGCCAACAGCCUGCCCUGGGCAACAGGUGUCUCCAUUGGCCUUGGACAUCUUAUAGUACCAAGUUACCCAGAGGACUUCAGAGACCAGUAGCUCACACAGAAUAACCCAACAGUGAUGAAAGGUACUUUGUCACCGCUUCUGCUCUCUUUUCAGCGUCUCACUCUCAAAAGGAGGACCAAGGUCCAAAGCCAUUGCCAUUUUCCUUUUGUGCCCAGAGUACCCAAAGCCCGAGCGGGCAGCCUCUGCCUAGGACAGUGAGUGGCCAGUGCCUGCAGAGAGAAUGUCUUCAGAGAGAGAGUGCCAGUCAAGAUGUGAAUCUGCUUGACAGUCUGUGGACUUGACUGCAACGGCAAGAGAAUAUCGCAAGUUAAGUAGUUGUAUAUACAGUAGGUUUCCUUAGGUCUCUUUGGCUCAUCCUUUGUAAUUUACGUGUGUAUCUGUAGUGUUGCAGGCUUUUGGAGAAUAUUGAUAGUAUGUCAGGCAUCAAAGAGUAUGCCUUCUGUCACCUGCCAGUGUCGUAGUUGUGGGUAUUUAUAGUUGUAUGUAUCUGUAUGUAUCAACGUGUAGAUUGUACAUCAGUAUACGGUAUAUGUACAUCAAAUUUAUUUUUGUCCUUAACCAGUGUGAUAUGAAAAGCAAGUAAAAACCUCAUAGGAUUGAAUAUAUAAUGCAGUUUUUGAGAGUCUAUACAGUGGUACUGUUUUAUUAAACUUAAAUUCAAAUGAUAUUUUGAUUAAUUUUUUUAAUGAUAAGAUUUUAUGAUAGAAAAUUUCGUCUGUGAGCUUUGAAUCACCAGAGCAAAAAUGGCUCUGAACUAACUUUGUUAAACUAUUUCAGUGUACUGUGUACAAUACCCGGGGUGGGGCUGUAGCUCAUUAUAAUUUGAAAUAUACAGAAAGAAAGGGAAAAAAACAAAACAAAACAUAGGCAGCCUGUGCAGUCUUAGCAACUUCAGUAUUAAGAGCACUUAAACAUAAAGUCAAACUGACAGUUUGGGGCUUAUUACAAAAUGUGAUGCUUUAAAGCACACGUUCUUUAUUGUUGUAAUUAGUCCAGAAAAAUAGAGCUUUCAGAAGAAUUAGCUAAGUGUCCAGAGUAUCAUUUAUGUACCUGUGUCUGUUUUACAGCAGCUCAAACCACCCUCCUAGCACUGCGUCCUCAUCCUCUUCACCUUAAAGAACUUAUCGCCAGCGCUGCAGUAGAUCAGGGCUUCCGGAGAUCUGGGACUGCCCUCCAGGCCUGCGGUUGCACAAAUUAGCAUCUAGACACAGAAACAAGAUGGCAGGUUGAACUGUAACCGGGGAUGGAUGAUCUCUUUGCCUUUGCACCUGGAUUUCUGGAAAUGGAUAAGGUUUCGCUUCCGCGGAAGGAUCAAGGGACGCAGCUGCGCGGUUCUCCCCAGGCCCCAUGAGCCCUGCUGGGCAGAGGCCUCAGUGCCUCCCUGCGUUCCUUCUCCCCCCCGCCCCGCCCACCGGCUUCGGAGCCUGUUUCUAGAGCAGAAGGUGACGCAGUGGAGAGCCAGAACCGCAGCCCUGAUUACUGGAGGGCAGGCAGAGGGAAGAGGUUUGUAUCCUUUAAUAUAAAACAAGCUUUGAACUUUUCCAGCCUGUUAACUGGGUUAUGUUUACUGGGGUUCAAACUAAUUGGCAGAGGGGGUUAGUCCCUUACCUUCAGAGCUUUCCCCACCAGUCACUUCAGCUUCUUUGUAGUCCCGGUGCCACGUGUCCCUGAAACCGUGAAAGUACUUAGUGAUACAAUAGCAGCCCCCUCCUUUUCAGUGGCCAGACUGUCAGCACUGGCAGACCUGGGUGCGCCCGUGGCACCGACUCCUUAGGAAGCCUGUUCCUCCUCGCCCACCAGAUUCGAGAAGUGCUGUCUCCUAGAGAAUCACGGUAUUUAUGGUGGUCGUCUUUUGAAUGGAACAGUAAUUUAUGUGGAUAUUGUUAAAGUGUUUAAAGAAUAUUUUGAAAAUUAAGUUUACAUUUUACGAUCGCUUUAUUUUUUAUUAAAAUGGUUGUAUAUAAAUAUUACCCUAUCUCACCGUUGUUGAAGGAAAGCUAACCGUGCAGACCAGUGAGUCACCUGAUGUGUAUAGAAGCUGUGAUGUAUAGAGUACAUUUCUCUACUGUGUAAAUGCUCAUGAAUAUAACUGUUCCUGUGUUUUUAUAAGUUGGGGAUAAUUUGUUGUUUUACAACAACAAAAUUUAUUGCAUUUAAAUGGUUUUUAUGUAAUAGAAAUCAUGCAAAAUAGUGAAGGAUUUAAAAUAUGUAUAUGAUAUAUGUAAAUGUACAAACUUUAGAAAGAAAUAAA